AUGUUGGCGCGGCUGCAUUUCAGGUUUCUCAGCUAUCACUCACUCAUUGCCUUAUUUGUCAUCUUCUUCAUUUACCAGAUUUGCACCUUCCGCUCCGUCCAAGACAGCAUCGCGGGACGCAUUCAAGGAAUUAUCCCAACACCAAAGUAUGACGGGAUACCAAAGAUCAUAUGGUACAAACUGGGUCCUCGUGGUCUCUCAGAUGAAGCGCGGAAUUGGACCGAUAGUUGUAUCAAGCCCAACGCAGGAUACAAAGCACACUUCAUGACCGACGAAAGCAGCGACGAGUAUGUUCGCAAAGCAUUCGCGUUCCGGCCCGAUAUUGUCGACAACUUCCUGGCGCUACCAGUUCCUAUAUGGAAGGCCGAUCUCCUUCGCUACCUAUUACUCUGGGAUCAAGGUGGCAUCUGGUUCGAUCUCGACGUUUCUUGUGAGGAUAUACCCAUUGACGAUUGGAUCCCAGCCGAGUACAAAGGAAACACGAGUCUUGUCGUGGGCUGGGAGUUUGACCAUGGUUGGCCGGGUAAUUACCUACACCAGAUGGAAAUAUGGGCCAUGAUGGCAAAGCCUAGGUCACCACAUCUGAUGCAGUGUAUCAAUGACAUCUUGCAAGAGCUGGGUGACAAGAUUGCUGAACACGGUAUAGCCGUUGAAAACACCACGAUGGAUAUUAUGGGAGACACAGUCGAGUUUACGGGCCCAAGGCGUCUGACGAGUGCGGUCUACAAGAGUCUGGGAGGCAUGUUGAAUCGCAAUCUGGUGGGAAGUGACACGGAGGAGCUUCUGCAGCCCAAGCUAGUCGGAGAUGUGCUGUUCAUGCCAGGUCGCUCUUUUGCGCCCAUGACGAACAUGUAUAGCCUGGAGGAAGAAGCAAUACUAUCUCCACAGCUAGUAACACAUCACUACGCUGGAACGUGGAAGAACAGCCACGGUGGCGAAGGUUGA